AUGGGUGACUCGGCUCAGCCGCUGAGAUAUGUUGAUAUCGGGAUCAACUUGAGUGAUCCUGUCUUCCGUGGCAACUACCACGGCAAACAAGCCCACGAAGAUGACCUGGACGAUGUAAUCCAACGGGCCCGCGAUGUGGGUUGUUCCAAAUUUAUGGUGACUGGUUCAGACCUGGAAGAGUCAAAGCACGCCGUGGCGAUCGCCAGCAAAUACCCGGGAUUCUGCUACGCGACCGUCGGCGUACACCCCUGCCAAGCAAAACUCUUCGACGAACACCCCGGUGGCGCCCCAAAAAUGCUACAAGAGCUGCGCACUCUAGCAGAAGAAUCCAUCCAAGCCGGCCACACGGUAGCCUUUGGCGAGAUCGGGCUCGACUACGACCGCCUCUUCCUCUGCCCGAAGGAGCAGCAACUCAAGUACUUUGAGGCGCAACUAGACCUUGCCGUCGAGAUCCAGCUGCCCCUAUUUCUGCACUCGCGCGCCGCCAGCGAGGACUUUGAGAGGCUGCUUGCUCCCAGACUUGCGAAGCUGCCCAGGCGCGGACUUGUGCAUAGCUUUACGGGGACGCUCGAGGAGAUGAACCGUAUGGUUGCGAUGGGUCUUGAUGUGGGUGUUAAUGGGUGUAGCUUGAAGACUGAGGAGAAUCUAGAAGUGGUGAAGGCUCUGCCUUUGGAGCGGGUUCAGAUUGAGACUGAUGGGCCGUGGUGUGAAAUCCGCCCUUCCCAUGCCUCGUCCAAGUACCUGGAUGGAGCACCGGAACUACCAAAGUCUGUGAAGAAGGAGAAGUGGCAGAAGGGCUGUAUGGUGAAGGGUCGUAAUGAGCCUGUUGCUAUUGCCCGCGUUGCUCAUGUCAUUGCCAUGGUGAAGGGGAUCUCUGUUGAAGAGGUUUGCGAAGCUGCCUGGAAUAACUCGAUUCGGAUGUUCGGGUUAGGCGAGGAAUAUCAGUAG